AUGCCAGAAGAAUUGAAAAACGUAGUAAUUGUAGGAGCAAACAGCUCAAUGAGCGUUAUUCAGAGUAUUCAUAAAAAAUUACCGCAAACGCACAGGAUUGUACUCAUUGAAGCUAACGAAUAUGCGUUCUUCCCACCUGCAGCUUUAAGAGCGGGCGUUGCACCAUCCUGGGAAAAUCAAGUUGUCGCUUCCCUCGAUAAGGUUUUUGGCGAGAAAUCGAGACAUGUCCUCAUUAAGGGCACGAAAGCAAUCAACUUUGAUGAUAAAUCGGUUAAAGUGGACAAAACAACUAAAUUGGGUGAUAAUAUACCAUAUGACAUUCUCUUGUUGGCAACUGGCUCAAACUACGCUUUCCCUUGUCGUCCUGAUACACAAUCAAUGGAAAUUAAAGAUCACCUUAAGACUAUGCAAGAUGAAUUUAAGAAAGCGCAAAAAGUUGUAAUCGUCGGUGGUGGCCCACUCGGUGUAGAAAUGGCUGGCGAGUUAUGCGAAAGGUACACAGAUAAGGAAGUUACACUCGUACAUUCACAAGGUGAUCUUUGUGGUAAAGAAGUAGGUCUUCACAACGAAUUACAUAAGCAGUUGACCAAGCUUGGUGCUAAUAUUGUAUUGAACGAACGUGUUGAUAAUAUCAAAGAAAUCAAUUUCGGUUAUGGCGACGAGAGAACUAUCAAAACUACAUCUGGAAAAGAACUCCAAGCUGACUAUAUAUUCAACGCGAUGGGAACUAAGCCAAAUGUGUCACUUGUUCAAGCAUUCGAAGAGUCUCUCAUUUCUGAUAAGGGUUUGGUUAAAGUUAAUGAUAAGCUCCUUGUUGAUUCUCCUAAACUUGGCAGAGUCUUCGCUAUGGGUGAUAUAGUUGACGUGGACGAACUCAAAACGUUCGUCAAUGCUAAGCGUCACUCUAGUUACAUUGCUACCAACAUUCUCAGUCUUUCUACUGGCAAGGAAGCUUCUAAGAAGUAUUCAACUGGUCCAACUAUCAUGGCAGUAGCUGUUGGUAUGAAAGGUGGUGCUAUUAGACUCGGUUGUCUCUCAUUCGGUGCAUGGGCAGGGUCUUUCAAAGGUCGCACACUUUUCACAGAUAUCUUCCAGAAUACAUACAAGCCACUCGACUAA